CUAACUGGGGGAGGCUUUUUCUGCUAUGUCCAUUAAUAAAUAAGCAAUCUCUCUUCUUGUUCUCUGCUUGAGCGAGAUAUCACUCUGACUCUGUCAAAUUUUCAAUGCCUUUUCUGGAGGAGGCCGGCGAGCACCUGCUGGUGGUGGACGCAGAAGAUGCCGGAAAAGGAGAAGAAGACGGGACGAAAUUCCGGAUACGCAGCCUGACGAAGAAAUCGGAGGCGGGGGUUCCGAUACUGAAUGGGAUAGAGGUGGAUAUACCAAAGGGACAGAUCGUGGGGAUCAUAGGGCCCAGUGGGAGCGGGAAGUCGACGAUGCUGAGGGCGCUGAACCGGCUGUGGGAGCCACCUCUCGGUACUGUUUUUUUGGACGGUCGUGAUAUUCGCGAUCUCGAUGUCCUUACUCUUCGCCGGAAGGUCGGCAUGCUCUUCCAGCUUCCCGCGCUCUUCGAAGGCACAGUUGCGGAGAACAUAAGAUAUGGACCACAAUUGAGAGGGAAGAAGCUGAAUGAUGAGGAGGUUUACAAGUUGCUGAGGCUUGCAGACCUUGACCCCUCUUUUUUAAGCAAGACUGGUGGUGAACUCUCUGUGGGUCAAGCACAAAGAGUGGCUCUUGCUAGGACUCUAGCUAAUAAACCAGAGGUUCUUUUGCUGGACGAGCCAACAAGUGCCUUGGAUCCAAUAUCCACGGAAAACAUAGAGGGUGUCCUAGUGAAUCUAAAGAAGAAACAGGGAAUGACAAUUAUUAUGGUUUCUCACAGCAUCAAACAAAUUCAGAGAAUUGCCGAUAUUGUCUGUCUCCUUGUGAAAGGUGAAAUUGUUGAAGUUUUAAAACCUGACCAACUCUCAGAAGCCAAGCAUCCUAUGGCACAAAGGUUUCUUCAACUCAGCUAAAUUAAGGGGGUUUUUUUUUUGGUGUGUUUGGUUGUGUUUUUGUUUUGUCUUAUUUAUUUAUUUGUUUUUAAUUUGAAAGUUGCAUAUAAAAAAAGUUAGUUAUUGGAUAUUGUUCUGUGUCAAUGAGUGGUUAUGCGGUCCUUACGACAUGUUGGUGUAGACCAUGUAUUCCUUUGUGCUCAUCUUGAUAAGUUGUCUUGAUAGCACUUCCAUGGAUGAAAGCUUUGAAUAAUGAUAUUCCUAUUACAAGCCCAUUUUACAAA